AUGAUCCGAGAAGUGGCGGAUAUAGGAAACCUGCAGUUUGGCUUUAGACCGGGGAGAGGCACGACAGAUGCUGUAUUUAUACUCAGGGAGCUCCAAGAGAAACAUCUGGAAGGCAGCAAGAACCUAUACCAUGCUUUUGUUGAGUUGGAAAAGGCAUUUGAUAGGGUGCCUAGAGAGCUGGUCUACUGGUCUCUACCGAAGAAAGGAGUCCCUGAAACGCCACAGGGAACAUCGGAAGUCGGCCUUCACCAAGGAUCAAGCCUGAGUCCACUCCUGUCUAUCAUAGUUAUCGACGUGGUGAGCGAGGAGUGUGGUGAAGGAUUGCUCUGGGAAACGUUGUUCGUCGACGACUUGGUCAUUUCAGCGACGAGUGAAAAGAACUUGGAAGCACAGCUCAGGAAGUGGAAGAAGGCACUCCAGGGUCGAGGGCUAAAAGUGAACAUGAAGAAGAAUGUCGUCAUGAGAAGCAGUAAAGGAGCAGGAAUAAACAUCAAAGAGGAGAGCGGCGCAAAGUACGACCAAGUUGAUGAGUUCAAGUAUCUCGGCAGCACGAUGGCAAGUGAAAGAGGAUGUGAGAGAGCAGUGAAAGACCGUGUGAAGGCCAAGUGGCGAGAGGUUUCUGCCGUAAUGUGCGACAAAAGUUACCAGCUAAGUUGA